AUGGAAUAUCCAAAAUUUUUGGGUGACACAUUAAAAUUUGAUUUGUUCUAAAAACCACCUAUAAAGGAAUAUGCAUUGAAACAUAAGGUUACAAUAUAUAAGAUUUUAGUUAGCCACUAGUUGCGGUUAUAGUUUCGAGAAUUCUGAAUAUUGUCCAUGUUGUGGACUCAGUGUUUCAAAGAUAUCUUUACCAUUAUCAAUAAAGAUUUUAGAUUUAGCCUUCUUGGGAUAAGGAGUUCCAUUAUAUUUUAAUCAAAUGAUUUUGGUAAUUAUGAUGUACUUUUUAAUGUUGGCAUGCUUUAUGAUUCCAAAUAUAAUUUUGAAUAUUUUAGGUAAUGAUUGCAUUUCAGAGAAUAAUUAUGCAUAUGUUUUAUGGUAAAAAAAGGGUUGUGAAUAGAAUUGUCCAUUGAAACAUGAUGAUUUCAAUCAUUUUUUUGAAAUCUUUAAAGAUUGUUAAUAGAUUUGUCAUCAUUAUACAAAGAUUUGUCUUAAUUCUCAAUUGUCUUAAUUGUCAUUCAUUAAUAAGCAAGCAGACAAUUAUUAUAAAAUAAUUUAAUCCUCUAUUCUUCUAUGUUCAGUUAUCAUUAUGAAAAUAUCAAUGGUUUUGAUAAGGGAAAAAUAAAAAAGAGUAGAGUUUGCAAUAGAUAAGGAAUUAUUGUCACCUUCUGAUUUUACAGCUAUAUUAAAUCAUUUACCAAAAAAUAACUAUGAUGAGAAGGAAUUGAAACAUGCUUUAGAAGAGUAUUGUAAGGAAUUUGAUCCAAAUAAUAAUUAUGAAGUUGUGAAGAUUAAUAUAGCUUAUGAUAUAUCAUAAUUUAUUGAUAAAGGUAGAGAAAAACUAAAAUUAGAGAAAUUAUUAGAAAACAAUAAUACAAAAAAUAGAGAAAAGAUUAUUAAUUAAAUUAAAGAAAUUUCUCAACUUUAAUAGAUAAUUGAAUAUGAAAUUGAAAAUGGAUGUUACAGAUAGACAACACCUAUUGCAUUUAUUACAUUUUAAACAAAGAAGUGUAAGAGUUAAGAUUAAUUUUAUAUAGAAUUAAAAAAUCUAUUGGAGUAAACUAAAUUAUCAUAUUGGGAAGCCUUAAUGAUUGCAAUAAAGUCAUUAAUCAAUAAGAAAGAUAGUAAAGGAUUUUAUUUUAAAGGAGAAUUAAUUUAUAUAAAUAGAGCACCUGAACCUGAUGAUGUAUUUUGGGAGAAUUGUGGUAUUGAUUAAAAUACACAAUUAAAAAGGAAAAUAAUAAGUUGGUUUGUGAUUUUAUUUUUACUUGGUUUAUCUCUUGGUACAUUAUAUGGUUUAAAUGUAUUUUAAGUAAUAAUAUUAAAUAAAUAUAGAAUAGUUUUUUAUAAUCAGAUAAUAAUUAAUUAUUAAUAACAACAAUGGUAUCAUUCUCAAAAUCAUUAAUUAUUGCAAUUGUAGAAGGUCUAAUAUAUUAUUUUAUUACACUUUUGGCUAAUUAAGAGAGACAUGUAACAAAAACUUAUUAAGAUACAUCUAUAGCAUAGAAAUUAAGUUAUGUACAAUUUGUAAAUUCUUGUUUACUUUUGAUGAUAAUAAAUAUUCUAGGUUCAUACAAUUCAUAAGUCAAAUAUGAACCAAAUUAAUUAAGCAAUUUAGCUAUUUAAUAAUAAGGAGGAAUAGCUGAUGAUAUCUUAUAUGUUUCAGGUACAAAUGCAAUUCUAAUACCUUUAUCUUUAUAUUUCAACCCUCUUUAUUUAUUUAAGAAAAUUAGAUAAUUUAGAAUUGAGAGAAACAAAGAUCUUGAUUAAUAUUAAGCAAAUAAAUUAUUUGAAGGUCCUUAAGUUUAAUUUUAUGAUCAAUAUUCAUAUCUUUGUAAAACAACUUGGCUAACUUUUUUUUUCGCUCCAUUAAUACCAAUAUCUAUAUUAUUUGGAUAAGUAGGAUUAGUGAGUUAUUAUUGGAUUGAGAAGUAUCUAUUAUUAAGAAGGAAUUCUAAACCUCCUUUUUAAAGUAGUCAUCUUGAUACAGAAAUGUUAUAUUUAAUUGAUUUGAGUCCAAUUUUAUUUUCAACAAUGUAAUUUUGGCUUGAUUUUGUAUUUAAUUCUGGAAAGCUUUGUUAAGCAUUGAAUUUAGCUUCUAUUAUUUUAUCAGGAAUAGAAAUUAUAUUACCUACUUAUAGAAUUCAUAGAAUGUUAUUUAAAGAUCUUAAUGAAGAAGAAGAUUUAGUUAGAUAUGAAGAUGUAUAUUUAAAAUUACCAACUGAUUAUGAUAGAACAAAUCCUUUGACUUAAUAAAAUGCAAUAUCAGAAUUUGUGAGAAAUAAGGUGAAAAGAUAAGUAUCAUCAUUGAAGAUACAAUUAUCUUAGAAUUUAGGACAUUCACGUUAAAGAAAAAAUUAAGCUUUACAAGAUUUGAUAUAUAAAGGUGUUUGUGAACCUAAGAAGAUAAGAAUGAAGAUUUUGAAAUAGAAAUUAUAAUUGGUAUUAAAAAUGAAGAGAUUUAUCAGACCAUCUAUUUUAUAAGAUGGAUAAAUAGGAAUAAAUUUAGAUUGUCUUGAAAAAGUAGAAUCUUUAAGAUCAAGUUAUUAAAAUUCACCAACAUAUUAGAAAACUCCUGAAUAUAAUUUUUAUUCAUUUGUACACAUUAAACCAAGAUAGAUAACCAUAUUAAGAAAAAAUGAAACAAUGGAUAUAAAUUCUAUAUCUUCUUAAAAUUAAAGUGCAUAUUUGAAUACACCACAAUAUUAUUUUGGUUCUAAAAAAAAUUCUAGUUAUACAAAAAUAUAAAACAAUAGAUUAACAUAACCUUGA